GCAGCGGCGGCGGCGGCGUUUGAGUGGAGGAAGAUGGCGGCUCCUGGAGGCACGGGGUCCCGCCUGCCGUGAGGGUCCCCCGAGUGCGGCAAGCGCGGCCUGAGGUCGAGCGCCUGCACUCCGGCCCUGUCCCUCAUUCCCUCCUCACCAUCACCAGGGAAGCGAACCCGAGAGCGUGGUGCGGGCUGGGCCAGGUGAGGCCUCCCCACCUCUGGGGACCACGACUGGGAGCCUGCGCCUUCUGCCCUUUAUGCCAGGGGCCCGCAGGGGGUAGUGGGCACCCCGGGUUCGGCGCAGGCCCGGCAGCCCGCGUGGGGAUCGGUGCUGGCUAGUCUGGGGUUCUUGCUGUCGUCAUCCUGGACCCCCCCUGGGUUAGGCGGGGAGGAGGAGAACCUUUUUCCAACAAGCCCUCGGAAUGGGAGCGAACCCAGCCCCUCUCCUCAAGCAGAGCUGUUGUCGUCACCUCACCCGGUCCACGAAGGGGUGUGUGAGUGUGUGUUUGUGUGUGUGACCAGGGCAAGGAUGGCUGUAGGGGUGUCAGAUAUUCUCUCACCCCGCCCUCGAGCCUUUAACUCCUUGCGAGAGGAACCGGAGUCGGAUGCCCUCCAAAAUUGAGGCUGCGGCGAAGGGCCAGCAUCUCUGAAGCUGCAGCUGCAAGGUGAAGAUUUUGGAAUUGCCUAAAAAAGAAAACACAAACAGCCUUCCCUAACCUCUAGCUUUUUGAGCGUUCCCCCAGAGAAAUGGGAACUGCAGAUCUCCUUGGUUGAGACAGCAAUCCACGCUGGGACUCUGAAAGGCUUCUGCUGUUGAGUGGAAUGUCAUGGCCAGCUCCUCGGACAGUGAAGAUGACAGUUUCAUGGCUGUGGACCAAGAAGAAACUGUGCUGGAAGGGACAAUGGAGCAAGAUGACGAGGCCCAGCCAGCAUUGGAAAUUGAGGAGACUAGGCAUAACAGGUCCAUGUCUGAGCUGCCGGAAGAGGUUCUGGAGUAUAUCCUGUCCUUUCUGUCACCAUAUCAGGAACAUAAAACUGCAGCCCUUGUCUGCAAACAGUGGUAUCGACUUAUUAAAGGUGUAGCCCACCAGUGUUACCAUGGUUUCAUGAAGGCUGUCCAGGAAGGAAACAUUCAGUGGGAGAGCCGAACUUACCCUUACCCUGGAACCCCAAUCACUCAGCGGUUCUCACACAGUGCAUGUUAUUAUGAUGCUAAUCAGUCUAUGUAUGUGUUUGGAGGCUGUACCCAGAGCAGCUGCAAUGCUGCCUUCAAUGACCUCUGGAGACUUGACCUGAACAGCAAAGAGUGGAUCCGACCUUUGGCUUCCGGGUCCUAUCCUUCCCCCAAAGCCGGAGCAACUUUGGUCGUGUACAAGGACUUGCUGGUGCUGUUUGGUGGCUGGACACGGCCAAGCCCUUAUCCCCUACACCAACCAGAGAGAUUCUUUGAUGAAAUACACACUUACUCACCGUCUAAAAACUGGUGGAACUGCAUUGUGACAACCCAUGGGCCACCUCCCAUGGCCGGCCACUCCUCCUGCGUCAUAGACGAUAAAAUGAUUGUCUUUGGUGGCUCCUUAGGAUCCCGGCAAAUGAGCAACGAUGUCUGGGUCCUGGACCUCGAGCAGUGGGCGUGGUCCAAACCGAACAUCUCCGGCCCUAGUCCUCAUCCUCGAGGUGGCCAAUCUCAGAUUGUCAUAGAUGAUGCGACUAUUUUAAUCCUCGGAGGGUGUGGCGGUCCCAAUGCUCUGUUCAAGGAUGCCUGGUUGCUGCACAUACACUCAGGUCCCUGGGCCUGGCAGCCGCUCAAGGUAGAAAAUGAAGAUCAUGGGGCCCCAGAACUGUGGUGCCACCCAGCUUGCCGGGUGGGGCAGUGUGUGGUGGUCUUCAGCCAAGCUCCUAGUGGAAGAGCCCCACUGAGCCCCAGUUUGAACUCUCGCCCGUCACCUAUCAGUGCCACUCCUCCAGCCCUGGUUCCUGACACCCGAGAGUACCGUUCUCAGUCUCCAGUAAGGAGUAUGGAUGAAGCUCCUUGUGUUAACGGCCGCUGGGGAACACUGAGGCCCAGGGCUCAAAGGCAAACCCCCUCAGGUUCCCGGGAAGGGAGUCUUUCCCCAGCCAGAGGAGAUGGCUCUCCCAUCCUCAAUGGUGGAAGUUUAUCUCCAGGAACAGCAGCUGUAGGUGGGUCUUCCUUGGACAGCCCUGUGCAGGCCAUAUCUCCAAGCACUCCUUCUGCUGCUGAAGGAUAUGACCUAAAAAUGGGACUUUCUGUGACCCCUCGACGAGGAUCACUGCCAGAUCAGAAAGAUCUGAGGUUAGGAUCAAUAGAUCUGAAUUGGGAUCUCAAACCCACUUCCAGUAGCAGUCAUAUGGAUGGCGUUGACAACAGGACAGUUGGGGGAAGUGUGAGACACCCUCCUGAACAGACGAAUGGUGUGCAUACCCCACCACACGUGGCCAGUGCCCUCGCAGGGGCUGUCUCCCCAGGUGCCCUGCGUCGGAGUCUGGAAGCUAUCAAAGCAAUGUCAUCCAAAGGCCCCUCGGCCUCUGCGGCAUUAAGUCCUCCUCUGGGGUCUUCUCCAGGCUCCCCUGGGAGCCAGAGCCUGAGCAGUGGAGAAACAGUGCCCAUCCCCCGCCCGGGGCCUGCUCAAGGGGACGGACAUUCCUUACCUCCCAUUGCCCGCCGUCUGGGCCACCACCCUCCACAGUCCCUAAAUGUUGGCAAACCCCUGUACCAGAGUAUGAACUGCAAGCCCAUGCAGAUGUACGUGCUGGACAUUAAAGACACCAAGGAGAAGGGGCGGGUCAAAUGGAAAGUAUUUAAUAGCAGUUCUGUGGUCGGACCUCCGGAAACCAGCCUGCAUACAGUGGUGCAAGGCAGGGGUGAACUCAUCAUAUUUGGAGGGCUCAUGGACAAGAAACAGAAUGUGAAAUACUAUCCAAAAACAAACGCCUUGUACUUUGUGCGAGCAAAGAGAUAAUAUGUUCUAAACCCCUUUCCCUUUCUGUGGCUUUUAAUUUGGAAUUUUCCAGUGUGCAAGCAUUUGGACUGAGAAUUGGGAAAACAAAGAACAAAAUUAUUCCCAUAAACCAAAACCCCAUUUCCCAACCUAACUCACUUCAGGCUGGGAUCAAAUCUCCAUAAGAAGAAAAUUAUAUAUAAAUAUAUAUAUAUAUAUAUUAUAUAGCCAAUUCUGUUUACAAAAGGGGAGAGAUCUCCGUCCUGGUUCAGAUAAAAUUGUUGCUGUGUUUUAGCAGAGGCUGUGCUGCCUUUUUCUACUUUGCUGGUAACUAGACCAAGAAUUUAGGGAACAGACUAAUAUCAGUAACUUUCCGAAAGAAACUGAAGAGCGCCCCAUAAGUCUUUAUGUGGCCUUUUCGGAGAUAGAAAAAGAAAGGGCAUGUGUAAGGUAUAAAGGUGGAGGUUUUCAGAUCCACGUGCUUCAGGUGCUGGCAGGGUAAAAGUAACCUAUAAAAAACUGUUCUUCCCCUUCUCUUAAAAUCAUUGAGGAACUGUGAAAACUUCUCUUUGAGGGAAUGCCCUGUGUCUGGCCUCAUUCUGCCCUUUAUCACUGGGGAAAGUUACUGAAUGAGAAAUUUGGUUCCACAUUUGUGUGCCAGGAUCAUGGUAAAGCAGUGUUCAGGCAGCUGACACCUGUCUGCCUAGUCCGUUGGUCUUUUGAGUGCUCCCUACAUGUCUCAGAAAACAUUUGGUGUCUGAUUGUGGAAUUUUCUGACAAUCAUAUUUGGUUGCAAGUUGCCAAAAACCACAUUUGCUGUCCCUUUUCAUUCCCAAAACUUGGUCCCUGGAGGCUGCCUUUUCCAUUUGUAAACUUUUUUGUUUUUGGUAUACGUAAACUUGAUAAGCCCUAAAUCUUUCUGACUUUCUGUUUCUUUUACAAAGCCCAGGUGCCAGGAGAAAUAGGACACUUCUUAGAAAUAUUUCUAGAACUCUUUUCCUGGUGUCACUAGGGAACCAGUAGAGAAUUCCAAAAUGCCAGUAUCAUGAUAGAUCCUUAAAGCACCAAAAGAUACUGUUUUUUCCCUAUGGACUUCCUUUUACUUCUGGAAUAUGUUGGGCACACCCACCGUAUUUGUUGAAUGUAGAAAUUGAUCCUGGAAGGGCAUACCAACACAGUUCCUUCCAGAAACUAUUUUUUCCCUUGUUGUGAACAUGCAUUUUCUGCCUGGCUGUUGAACCCGUGAUCAGGCUGCAUACCAGGUACUUGAUCCAUGACGCAUGGCCAACCUCGAGAGCAGCUCCAUCCUUUGUGCUUGUCUUGUCGCAUGUCACCCAAAUAGGGCUUGAAUUUUCACUUUCUCUUCAUUCAGAGAUAAGGUACAUCCAAGUAGAGCAUUUCUUUGGGUGCUGCAGGAAAUCAUAAGGUUAUCAGUCUCUGAACCAUGCCCUAGACAUAGGAAAUGUCAGAAUAAGUACAUUUCAAAUGGUACCAUGUACAUGUGGCUUUUUGGUGGUUUCUCAUCCGUGGAAAGAGAAUUUUUGUUUUGCCUUUCGAAUUUAAAUUUAGAUUUCAAAACAUUGCAUUUCCCACCCUCCUGUUUUCUUGUUAGCAUUUCCCAGGCACAAGCCUGCUUCAGCUGGCCCUGGGUCCUGGCUCCCAGCCAGCACUUAGCAGUCUUUCUGUUAAGUGUGUUUUCUCCUGUGACAUCAUGUUGAAUCCUUUCCUCGAACCAUCACCUUUUAUAGUGUGGUCUUGGUAGAAAAACCCUCCUGGUGACAGGCCCAGGAAAGGGCCAGCUCCUGGAGACGGGUGUGUGUCCCAGAAACUGUUUCACAUGCCCCAUUAGAUGAGGAAACUACCAUGUGCCUACUCACUGUGGUGUCCAACUGCUUGAAGCAUAGCACUUGGCUUUCCAGACUCCCUGCUCUGGGGCUGUUGCCAGUCCUUCCUUGGCAAAGACUGUUAGAUCAUGUAGAGUCCGUACUCACAAGAGCAAUCUAGCCCAGAAGUUUAGCAAUUUAGACAUUAUUGCUAUUCUGAACCUUGCAUAUGACAUUGCGUUUGUUCACGGAUAAUGCCUCCAAACUCAAUUACUAUUUAAAUAUAAAGUAUUUGGAAGCCUGAAGGUUCGGAAUCUCAACUCUGUAAUCUUUCCCUUUGUCCUGUGGCCUUCCUAAGCCAGCUGUUAACCUGGUCUGCUUUCCCCAAGUAGGGAGGCAACAGAGAUGACAAUUCUCUUGGAAAGUAGCCCAGUUCCUCUGCCUCUGAACUCUUUGGCAUCCCUGUAUUACCCACACCACUGGGAACCAGACUGUCUGUUUACAGCUCUUUAAGAAAACUGCCUCGUCUGCACCUGGUGGUGUUGGUCUUGGUGGCUCCUGGGCACCGCGGGCGUGUACCUUGGGAGAACAACUCAGCGCAGUCAAGGCAAUUGUGUCCUCAGGCCCUCGUGAGGCAGUGUGCAUGGUGGAACUUCACGUGUCUCAGCUGAGGUGAACACUCCACAGCGCUGUGGAUGCUUUGUUAGAUAGAUUUAACCACAACUCUGCUUUUGACAGGACACCGAUUUUGUCUUAAAAGUUGCUGAGAAAAAUGAGAUGAUAUUUUUUUUUUUACACCCUCAGGAGCACCUAAAGCAAAUAUUUAUCAGUAUUUAAGUAUUUAAAAUACAUUUUGUUUCUACUUGAAGCUUUAACCCUCUUCCAUUCCUGCAAGUGUGCCUUCGAGAGCCCCCACGUCAGAUUGACUUCACUGACCACUUUGUUGGCCUCUUGUGCGAAUCAUCGUCUCUUCCUACCCUCCUGGACAGUGCUCCCUGUUCUCUCACUUCACAGGUUGUGCAGCAGAGAGGGUUCUGUACUUUGGUUGCGUCUUUCCACACUUGGGUGGUGGGCUCACAACCUCACCCUAUCCCCACAUUGUGGGAGCACAAAUUAGGUGUUGAAACAAGAUUAAAUUUAGUUUUAAGGCAAUACUGGGCUUACUCUCCUUCCAGCCAAAUCUGCAAGUCGAUUUUAGUGUUUGAGUUUUAUAGCAAGAGCUGAAACCGUAACUAUCCUAGGAACUGUAUCGGAACUCUUUUUAAAAAAGAAGAGGAGGAAGAAAGAAAACCAACUUAAGAAGUCUUGACCUUUGAGGACAGAAAGCCACCAGGCAAUGGCUUCUGCUUUGCUUCUUUCUUUCCCCUGAAAAGUGAUAUUCCUGGUUGGCUUGUCUGUCUGCCCUUUAUCCUUGUGAUGAUCCUGGCAUGGUGAUGUGCUCUGCUUUGCGAUAUUCCUGGUCUCUUACCAGUGCACAUGUCGGUGGGGAGGAUCUGAACACAUGCCAGGCGCAAGGAAGCCGAGCUUCAAGGCCCAUGUCCUGUGCAGCCUCCCCGUGAACUGCAGAAGGCAUGUUCUGCAUUGUCACCAGUAAGUGGCUCCCUCUCACCAGGUUCAUUAUCAAGUGAGACAAACCUCUGCACCCUCUCUACUCGCUCUGCUCCCCUCCCACCAACCAGGGUUCAUGCCAGUGCACACCCAUUGUGCCCUGGCCAAGCCGGUGCUGUGAGUGAUGUUCCCAUACAGCUCAGGGGUCCCAGGUGGCUUACCCUGAGAUAGUCAUUUUAGGCACAUAACAGUGUAGGAAUGAAAAGUGGAUUUCAUUGAUAUUUAAAUCUGUGUCAAUUUCAUUUUUUGUUAAUGUUUUCCCCUGAUGACUUUUUAGCAAUUUAACAAAUAAAACAAAACAGACAGAAUUGUCUUAACUGUCUUAUUGGUGUUAAAAAAAAAAAAAAAAGUGUUGCGAUAGAUAUCAGUUGAGGUUAGAGACUGAAGUUGGAAGUAACUGGGAAGACGUUCCUUCUGGGAGGGUUGUGUUUGUGGGCGGAGGUGGAGAGUCACCCUUCCUUGGGGACAGAGUAAAGCAGCUCUCUCCAUCAGGCUUGAAAGUCUUGGUGUCCCAGAGCCUCAGCACCACUCUGUGAUGGAGACCCAAGAAAGGUGAUGAGCUUGGAGCAGAGGCCCAGGUGCCGAGACACCAUCAGCACCACCUGGCCUCCGGAGCAAAGGUGAAGAUCUAGGGUCCUAGAGUCUUGAAGCGGCAUAACAAAUGGUGGCUGGGAACACAGGCCUGAAGCCUGAGGUGUGUGGUCUAAUCCUGGCUUCCCCUACUUACUGCUUAACCUUGGAUAAAAGUGAUCGCAUCUAAUUCACACUUGAAAAAAAUAGGCACAAUUUGGGGAUCUUAAAAGAAAGGGUCGGGCUCAGUGUAUAAAUUAUUAGGAACAUGUCCCUACCAGGAAUUGUGCAUGUGUGUCAAUGCAGUUAUCUGAGUCAUGUCAACCAUGAGAACCCCUGAGGCUUUUGCCUCCCAGUAGCUAUAACAGCUGCUACCACAAAUCAGAUCAAACACUGUCUCAGCUAUUUAGUCUCCCGUUGGGCAACUUGGUUCUUUGGUUUAUCAGUUGAGUCUGGCAUCUGGCACAUAAGGCAGUUCCACGUCAACUCAAGGGCACACUUAGGUGGCUGCCAAUCUGCUCACCAAGUUACUGUCCUGAGAGGCCAGUGUGGGCACCUGGGAUUAUGAGCCACAGUCCUGAAGCCUCCUGCUGAAUAUAUGCCGCCUUCUCAUAUCUGUGGGCCUUCGUGCCGAGGAAAGGUACAUUCUUUUCACUCAACUCCUCGUCUGGGCUCAGGUGUUAGAGGCCAAGAGUUGCCAUUCCAGCUGCACAUUGUGUUUCCCAAGCGACAGAAUGAAACUUCCUUUUCUAAAAGUAUGUUGUCUGCUGCUGGCUGUUCCUUCUGCCAUACUCUGGGGCAUCUAGCAAACCAGAUCAUAGUCUGAGGAAGAGCCUUGUGUGGUAAAGGGCUAAAAACGGUGUCCCAGGAAGAGUGCUGGCAGCUCCUGAGAUGUUGGUAGUCGGGUUAGAAUAAGUGUUUUGAGUGCUUCCACCAUUGCCCUUGUGGAAGGGUUGGACUUGCUCCUUCUGUGUCCAUUGGGAUGAACAAGGUACAGUGGUUAGAAGCUUUAGGGAAGAAAUCUCAGGGUCAUUUGGAGAAUUUUGUUACAGUCAGAGCUGUAUGUAACAGUGGGACUGGGAUACCAGAGAAGUACCAAGUUCUGCAUCGCCGGAGGAAUUCACGCGUAACUGGAGAGUCAGUCUAUGAAUAUUGUAAAGGAGGUGAUGUUAGAUGGGUUGUGUGCCAGUGGUGAUAGGUCACGCCUGGCGAAGACCUACAUGCCAGGCCCUCAAGGCGGGUCAGUCUACUAAGGCUCCGUGACAGCAUUCUGACCAGGAAGGAGAGUUGGGAUUUGGACCCAAUUCCAUCCAUGCCACAGGCCGUGCCUCUAGUCACUGAUGCUCCUGUUGUGAAAGUGCUCAGAACAUAAGACUGCAACGUGACCAGCCCAGGCCAGAGAUUGGGCAGGAGCAGAGAGCAGGAGACUUGUUGAGUGGGGAGAAACACAGCUCCAAGAAAACCCAGGAUUCACCACUGCCUUUCUGUGCCAUGGCAGAGCACAGCACUGCCUAGCCAGGGCUUUUGGUUUUUUGGAUAUUACAGGGUUAGGAGCUAGCCCAAGUGGCGUAGUGGUUAAAGCAGUCAGCUGCUAACUGAAAGGUCAGUGGUUCAAACUCACUAGCUGCUCCACGGGAGAGAGAUGUGGCAGCCUGCUUCCAUAAAGAUUUAUAGCCUUGGAAAUCUUCUUGGGCAGCCCUACUCUGUCCUAUACAGUCCCUAUGAGUCAGAAUCGACUCAACAGUAGUGGGUUUGGUUUUUUGUUUUUAGGGGCUAGGGGCCCGUGCACACUGGGGCCUAAAUGACGACCUAGCCAAAGAAGGGUCAGCACCACGCUGUCCUCUCUCCUUCCUGGGUCUUCGCACCUCUUCAGCUGGCCCUUCGGGGAGGCAGUGCAGGAAGCACUGACUCAGACUGGAGAGCAAGGCCAUUUGGGCUUGCACGUGUCGCUACUGUAAGCUGGCUCUCAGGUGUCUGCUAACCCCAGGCUUGGGGCUGUGCCUCACAACACCCCAUCUCUGGGGAUCCUGGGAAAAUUCUCUGGCAGGGGUGGGCUUUGGGCACCCACAAGUCCAGGCAGGACAGAAGGUAUCCCUCAACAUCCUGCCCACUGACAGGCUUAUAGUGCUGCCGCACGGGACUGGGGCUUAGCCAUGCUUCUCUACCCGUUCACCUCCCCCGCCACCCCUUGGCAGGGGAGCAUCGCCAGCUAAGUUCUGCCCUCUGCUCUCAAUGGCCAUUACUACCCCUCCUCCCUACAAUAUUAUCACAGACAAACUGGCUGGCCUGAGGUAAUGAGUUCAUCAUUACUGGAUGUGUUCAAACAGACUGGUUACUUGCAGAAGGGGGGAAAUGAUGGAACUGAUCUUACACAGCAGAUAAAGAAUGGGACCAAAGGGCUCCUACAUCCCCUCUCAAUUCUUGAGAUUUAGUUCUGUGGACUCAGAAGGGGCUAUUGGAGAAAUAGCAGGACAGGGACAUAGGCACAGGCUUUGGACCAUAACAGGCCUGGAACCAAAAGCUGGCUCUGCUCUGUAACACCUGGGGUUUCCUAAGUCACAAAACAACAAAAGAGUUGGUUCUGUCACUAAGCUAGAUUAAGUCAUCCCCCUUCUCUAGCCUCAGUUUUAUCAGUAAAUGCAGUAACGCCAGCCUCACAGGUUAGCAUGCUGGCAGAAGUCAGGAACUGUUAAUUUGCAGGAUGAAUGUAAUUCCCCAGAAGGGCAUCUGAGGG